GAGAGAUUAAAAGUGCUUUUUUAUUUGUGUAUGUUUAUUCUAAAAUCGUUCUGACUACUAAUAUUUUCAUAGUCAAGUCUCAUUUAAUUCAGGUUUCUUGUUAAUUAGGUUUAAAGUAUGUUUGCAAUCGGCAGUGCCCUCUAGCACAAGCUACGACCUAUACAAUACAUGUAUCAAAAUAGUAAGCAUAACUAUGGAUCUGAAACAUAUGACCACUUAUCGUACAAUGGUUCUGGGUUCCUACAUUUUUCGCCACAUUUUCUAAGACAAGAGUUAAAAAGAAGAGAUACCAAUCUUCUUGUCUUAAUUCUUUAGGUUUUUGAAAAUUGGGUAAGAUGUGCUGAAAACUGGUACUUAAGGGUGCCAAGAACUGGUGCACACGGAUAUUUUCCCGUUUUAUUAUAAAAUAAAUAAAUGAAAGACACAGUUUCACAUAAUAUUUUAAAUUAGAGAUCUUUACUGGCUUAACAGAACCGAAAUUGUUAAAACAAAUACCCACGCUAUUGAAAACGGGACGAAGACAUUUUAAAGUUUUGUUAAGUGUGCCGAAAACUGUUGUUUUAAUCCUAUUUCACUACAAGUUGUAUACUUCCAAUAUUAGUUCAAAUUAUUUUAGUAUAUUUUUCCUUUCUGGAUUUCUUUUCUAGCCGCAUCUUCAUCUUAAAAAUCAAUACAUAUAUACUUUCCCAUAUUUUUUCAGUAUUGCCUCUUUGGUCUGACCACUCGUUCAUGAUCUACAGCUGUUUCACUUCAAAAGUAGUGUGGCAAGGCAUGUGUUGAUCUUCAUUGUUUAUGGGUUAAACAAAUAAUGGAAGCUGAUGCUGGAGUUGCUUUGAUUAAACCUGAGUUUAUCAAAACCGAUCAUGAGCGAUCCCUGUGUCAAACUCAUAUAUCUGAAAACGAUAAAAGAAAACUUGAAGGAGAUGAAAAACAAGAAUGGUCGAAUAAGAAAAGGAAGCUGACAGGCCAGAACAAGGCACGUAAUGUUUUUCGUGCAGAUAAAGCUAAUUUUUGCUAUGCUAUAGCUGCUUCAGUCGAUGAAUCCAUAGAAAAAUGUGAAAAUGAUGCCUGUAAGUUUUCCCAUGACCGGAAAGCAUUUUUAGAAAAUAAGCCUCCGGAUGUCGGAGACACGUGUUAUAUUUACUCAGUUCAAGGAAUGUGUUCGAGAGGUGUAACUUGUAGAUUCGGAAAGGAACAUUUGACUGAAAACGGUGUAAAUAUUGUAAAUAAAGAACUUCAUGAAAAAUGGCUCCAAAAUGGUUACAAGACUGCAACUUCCUUUACCAAAGAUGCACAGUUUCAGCUUCGUAAGAAAAUGUAUGACUUUUCACGGAGUGAAGAAGCAAUAAAGGAAAUAGACAAAUUAAAGGCCAAAGAAGCUUCUGGAACUGUCGAUGAUCUGCAUUAUGUAAAAUUAAGACCUGAGGAAAUGAAAAAGAUAGACUGGCGUGAUAAGCUCUAUUUGUCUCCUCUGACUACUGUCGGAAACCUCCCGUUCAGAAGAUUGUGUGUGGAUUUUGGUGCCGACAUUACCUGUGGAGAAAUGGCUCUUGCAACGCCUCUUCUUCAAGGAUCAUUGUCAGAGUGGGCAUUGGUGAAACGACACCCUAGUGAAAAAAUUUUUGGUGCCCAACUGUGUGGAUCAAAUGUAAAGGUAUUGACUAAAGCCGCUCAGGUCGUAGAAGAUUUAGCUGAUGUGGACUUCAUAGAUAUCAACCUCGGCUGUCCGAUAGAGGCUAUAUACCGUCAGGGUGCUGGAAGUGGCCUUCUAUUAAGAGGACAUGUUUUAAAAUCGACUGUUCGGUCGAUGUCUUGCAUGCUCAACGUUCCAUUGACCGUCAAGACGAGGUCUGGUUGUGCGACUGGAAAAAAUAUCGCCCAUAACUUCAUGCCGAUGUUUAAAGAUGCUGGAGUAUCCCUUGUCACGGUCCACGGUAGGACAAGAGAACAGAGGUACACGAAGAACGCAGAUUGGGACUAUAUUCAGCAGUGCGCUGAAGCUGCAAAACCGACUCCAGUGUUUGGCAACGGUGACAUCCUCUCUUAUGAAGAUUAUAUGGCUGCAAAAGAAAAAGCACCAGACAUUGCAGGAGUAAUGAUAGGAAGGGGAGCUCUGAUCAAACCUUGGAUAUUCCAGGAGAUCAAGGAAAAGAGGCUUAUGGAUCCGUCUUCGCAUGAGAGGUUCGGAUAUCUCAAGACUUAUGUAAAUUACGGUCUCGAGCAUUGGGGUUCUGAUACUAAGGGAGUCGAAACGACCAGAAGAUUCUUGCUGGAAUGGCUUUCUUUUUGCCAUCGCUAUAUUCCUACUGGCCUCCUUGUUCAGCCUCCACAGAAAGUAAACCAGAGGCCACCAUAUUAUACUGGAAGGGACGAUUUAGAAACACUUUUUGCUAGUCCUAACUCGGGAGACUGGAUAAAAAUAAGUGAGAUGUUGCUUGGUCCAGUUCCUGAAGGUUUUACGUUUUUACCUAAGCAUAAAGCUAAUGCUUGGAAAUAAUUUUAUGGUUUAACCUUGUGAAAUGUGAAUGGGGAUUCUAGUUUCAUUCGGUACCUAUAAUUAUGAAUGCGAUACCUCAUUUGUGAGAUAUGCCGAGAAAUGUAUAUUGUAUAUACAGUUUUAGAGUUUUUAAUAAAAUUAUUAAUUUGUUAACUUUA